GAACAAUUUAGUAUUAUUGACCUACAAAAUGGAGCGCCAAGUGUGAUGUUUGUGCCUCAGAUGGACCAGUCGGAGACGUCUGAUAUACAUUUAAAGUUACUAUUAAUAGGCGAUAUGAAUGUUGGGAAAAGCAGCCUUCUCUUCCGGUACAUCGAUGACGGUUUCAGUGAUACCUAUAUGAGUACAAUUGGAGUAGACUUUAAAGUAAAAACAGUCAUGAUUGGCAAUACAAGAGUAAAGCUACAAAUUUGGGAUACCGCUGGACAGGAGAGAUUUCGUACUAUAACAUCAACAUAUUAUCGUGGUGCCCAUGGAAUUAUCAUUGUAUAUGAUGUCAAUGAUGUGAAAACAUUUUGUAAUGUAGAGAAAUGGGUAAAAGAGGCACAAACUUACGCUGAUGAAGGAGUAGCACGAAUACUAGUCGGUAAUAAAAACGAAAGUGAAGAAUUAAAAACUGUAGCCACUUGUGAUGCUCAACGUUUAGCAGCUAAAAAUUCAUGUCUUUUUAUUGAAACAUCUGCUAAAAAUGAUGAAAAUGUUGAUCAGAUGUUUUACAUUAUUACAAGAGAAGCUUUACGUUUACGAUUAAAUGCUGUACAAAAACAACAAGAAGCUCAACAGACCGUAGUUCAACUGACACCUAUCUCCGGAUUAAAAUCAAAGCAUAAACCGAAAUGCUGUAAAGGAUAACUACUUUUUCUGUCUAUCUAUGUCUUUCUUUUUAAUCAAAUAAUUUGUUUAUUGUUAUCUAUUAUCAUGAUCCAGUUGUAUUGAGACAGAAAAUACCUCUGUUACAACAAUACCUGCCGCUACUACUCACACUACUACUAUCUCAAUUUAUUCAGUAUCAUUUUUUGUAUAAAAAUAAAUAAAACUGGAUGAACAUGUAGGUGAGUGAGUGUGGACGGUAAGUGUUGUUGAAAGAAUGAUAUCUACUGUUCUAUUUUUUUCUGUCUCUUUCAUCAAUCAAUUUUUUCUUCAUUACAAAGUUGUCGUCCUCCAUGAAUGUGAAUCUCAGACUAUUGAAUGCGUCGAUUCCUGCUGAUGGUAGGAAAACUCAAGCACAACAAUACUUUUCUUUGGUUAUUUUGUGUGUUUUUUUUGGACAAACUUAUUUUGUAAUUUUUUUUCCUUUUAAUUCAAUGAUUUUUAUAUGAUUAUUAAAAUUAACAAAUUAUUGCUCAAUAAUUCAAAUUCAUUCGUUACAUAAAAGUAUAUUUAUAUAAGUGAGUAUCAUAGUAUAUGUCCAUCGUUAGAGAUAAUUACGGAAUAAUUAAUCGACGAUUAUUUAACAAAUGGUUAUUUUAUUAAUAGUUCUAAUGCAUUUUUGUUCUGUUGUUAAUCUGUUAUGAUGAUAAUGAUGGUGUUCUUUAGUGUGGAUAAUAUUUAUUUAAGGAGAACAAUGCAAAUCAACGAAUCUUUAUUUCAUGUAUAGACUAUUCUAUAUUAUUAUUAUUAUUAAUUUUAUUAUUAUUGUUAUUGGUAUGCAUGUUAUGAUUUAGUAUAUAUUUUCUUCUUUUCUAUAGAAUUUAAUUGAACCGAUGAUUUUGUUAUGUUAGUUAAUAAUCUAUUCUGCUGAUGCCUUUCUCUGUUUUCUUUUUUAAUAUCUAUUUAUUUACAUAAUGAAAAUGAUUUAUUAUUUGUUAUAUAAUUUCAAUAUAUUAUGGUAUUCAUUUGU